GGUUAGGGUUUAUGUUAGAAUUAGAUCAAAAUUUCAAAUGGGGAGAAUUUUUCUGAUUGAAUUGGAUGGCAGAACUUACAGAUGUAGAUUCUGUGACAGCGCGCUUGCCCUUGCCGGUGAUGUCCUCUCUCGGAUUGUAAAAGCUGAAAAAUCCAGGUCAAGUGGGGGGAGAAAACCACUUAGUGCCAUGAAUUUCAACUGCGGUCGAAGAAGGGCAUAUCUGUUCAGCAAUGUGGUGAACAUAACGCUUGGUCCUGAGGAAGAGAGGCUAAUGCUCUCUGGUUUGCAUACUGUAGAAGAUAUAUUUUGUUGCUGCUGCGGGCAGAUUCUUGGCUGGAAAUAUGUAAUUGCACACGACCAAACCCAAAAAUACAAGGAAGGAAAGUUUGUGCUUGAAAGCAGAUGGAGGAUAGUGGAGGAUGUAGCUGAGUUAUUCAACUUGGACGCUCGUCUUGGUUCAAGUGAUGCAGAGAGUCCCUAGCAAAGUUAAGCACUUAUACAAAUAAUAAGAGCUGGAUGCUAUACAGUUAUCUUCUUUAUCAUUACAGACAAUUUCAGGAGUUUUUCUUGAUCUUUUUAUGUGCAUCCUCUAAUGAAUUCUGUAUUACACUUUGAGGUUUUUUUUUUUUUUUUUUCCAACUAAAUGUCUUAACCCUAAUCCAUCAAUCCAAUACGUAACGUGAUGGUAUGUUAUAAAUUUGUCUUUCCUGGCUGGUUUGAGAAUUGUGAUCAAGAAUCACCUAUUGAAAAAAGAUCUAAAGGCCAAGGGUUGUCUCACUAGGCUUGAUACUGAUUGCUUGUGAAUUUUUUAUCAUUAACAUUCUAAUCAAGGUUUUGUAUAUAAAUAAAUAAUAUUAGUUUUCAAAUAUUGGUUGGCUUGAGAGAGAGGGAGGGAAAGAGAGACCCAAAGCCGGCAACAUCACCUUAUAUGAAGAACGCGGUUAUUUUGCUAUUGUAUAUUCUUCUUUCACAUGACAAGGAAAAGCUACAUCUUAUCCCAGAAAAUAAAGAAUGGAUGGCAGAACUUAUAGAUGCAGAUUCUGUGACAGCGCUCUUGCCCUUGCCAAUGAUGUCCUCUCUCGGGGUGAACAUAACGCCUCGGUCCUGAGGAAGAGACGCUAACGAUCUCUGGUCUGUAUACUGUAGAGGUUAUCUUUUGUUGCUGCUGCGGACAGAGUCUUGACUGGAAAUAUAUGGUGAAUUUUAUUAGGUAAUUGCUCACGACGAAAGCCAACAAUACGAGGAAGGAAAAAUUGUGCUUGAAAGGUUCUCGCUAACGUGUACUUUUGUGUCUGUUUACGGUUUAUUGUCUCUGGAACAGAUGCAAGUCUGUGGAGGAUGUAGCUGAGGAAUUCAACUUGGGGGCUCGUCUUCGUUCAAGUGACGCAGGAAAUCCCUAGCAAAGUUAAGCACUUGCAGUUAAUCUAUAUAUGAACGAAAAUACCCUACAAAUGACAGCCUUUUGUAGCAUCAGGAUCGAAGAUGCAAUUUUCCGUAAAGCUUUUGUGGCACUUGAAAAUACCCUACUAGAAACAUGGAAUGCUUUUGUAGCGCUGGAAGCUUUUGUCAAUGUCGGAAGGAAUUCUUUAAUCUGGACGCCUGUGUAUACAUGCAUAAACAUGCGAUGGUAUGACCAAAAUACAAAGUAUUGUUUUGUG